AUGUCUCAUUUUAAUAAAAAAGUUGAAUACAUAAUUGCAGAUGCUCUUGAAGAUUUCAUGAAUAUUGAAAUAAAAGCUGAAAAUUUAAACUUGAGAAAUAGUAAUUUAAUUAGAGAUGAAUUGAAAACAAAAAAUACUGAAGUAAAACUGUAUAGUGGUGUAUCUGAUGGAGCUAGCACUAUAGACAGUAAUAUGUCUGAGAAAAUGAACAAAGAAACAGGUGAUGUAGAAUUCAUUGACACGGCAAAGAUUAAAGAUUUUGACCAAGAACAAACUAGUUUUUCUUAUAAUGUACUUGUGCAGACCGGAUUGAAUAUAGAAGUAGGUGAUAUGAUGUUUAAAGAUGCUUGUAUUCUAGCAGUGUCCAGCUACAAGAAGAAUCUUAAGAAUAAAAAAGGAAGGUGGCUUAAGCCAAACAAGCGUAGAAGUGAUGUUUUAAUUAAUAGAGUACUACAUGAUAAAUCAAGUCCUCAAACAAAAGUCGUGUUUCAUAAGAAAGGUAAAGAUCAGAAUGAGAAAACUGACUCAAAUUCUGGAAAAAGAAAAAAUGCAGAAGUGUGGGCAUUGUUGCCGCUAGUCAAUCUUACUCGUAUUACUACACCGGAAUGGUUAAAAGGUUUAAGCAAUUCUACAAAUUCCAACCUCUACUCUUUCAGACUAACAAAUAAAUCACCUGGUUCCAUUGUGCCGAGUAUAUCUAGUACUGCUAAUGAACAGAUAAGUCUCUUAUCAUGCACACCAGUUCCAAAAAGAAGAUUAGGCCAACUGAAUCAAAAGAAACUUGAAAUGGACAAACCAAAAAAAGUUACAUCAAACUCUGAAACAUAUGAAACAUCAGUGUCAAAAUCUCCAAAAAGACAAGUCUCUGAACAAAUUCAAAAUGACAAAAAUAAGAAAAUUAAAAGCAAAUCGGCAAUUGUACAAAAAAAAGAUAUAGAAACAAUGAAGAAAAAUAUCUAUGUGAAGGAAACUAAGCAAUUAUCUUAUGAUUACACAGAAGAUUGUAAAAAAAACGUCAAGCUGAAAAAAAGAGAGAAUUUUUCUGAGUACACUUGCAAUAAAACGAAUGAAAAUACUGGAAAAACAAAGACGAUCGUACAAUUUCACACCUCUGCUUUAGAGUAUCAGUACCUUACAGCAAAUGGAAGUUGGCUAUUGAGAUGAAAUCUGCUACAUCCUUUCUGAGGAAACUCGUUUUUUACAUUUAAGAUGAACCCCUAUUUGUAUCAUUAGCAGUUAAUAUUGACAAGGUUGCAAAUAAUGUCCUAGGAUGAAUCUCUAAGUAAAAAUACUUAAAAAGUAAAAGCACGGAUUAAUAUCAUCGUUUCCAGAGACCAAAGAAGAGGAUAAAAAGAAAGAAAAGUUAAUAAAUCAUUACGAACGUGAUUUAGAAACAAUUAUUGAUGCGUCUAGAUAUUCGUAUUUCCUGAAGUUGGAAAAAUGUAACCCUGAUGAUCUAGACUUAUUACAAGAUGAAGAGGAGGAGGAGGAGAAUCAGGAUCAGGGGUUAAACGUCCAAUGAAAAAUGAUGACGAGGUCGAAGAUUAAAUCUAAUUUUUUUGUAUUAUAUAUUAUUUAUAAAACUCCUUAUAAAAUACUCUAGGAAUUUAAUACAAUGUAAUACAUUGUUACCUCGAAAUAAAGUAUUUUAUUGCAACAAUUUUGCAUUCUACAGAAAAGACUUCAUUAAUCAUCAGUAUACUGACAUUGAUUUUGUUAAAAAAGACGCUAUUUCAGCGCGGGAAAUAUUUGGCAAGAUAAAAUUACGUCUUUUCGCGAUCUUCAAAAAAGAUUUCUUUUAAAAGAAGACGUCUUCACAGAUGGCGAAUAUGUUUCAGUGAGAACAUGACGUCUUUGUGCGUAAGGCAUAUAAAAUGUUAUACAUGAUUUACAGUAUUUGUUGAGAAAAUGAUGUCUUCUUUUAUAAACGGAAUAAUUUUAUUGUAAAAGAUGACGGCAUUUCUCAUAAACAGAAAUGAUUUUAUUGUGGAAAAUGACGUAUUUUUUAUAUACGGAAUAAUUUCAUUGUAAAAGAUGACGUUAUUUUUUAUAAAGCCUAAAUGAAUUUGCUGUAUAAAAUGACGUCGUUUUAUAAGAGAAAUAAUUUUGGUUGGAAUAACAGACGUCUAGAAAUGUUCCAUUUUAAGAAAUGAAAUCACAUCUCUGAUAGACGUCUUUAUUUUCAAUAGGGCGAGUUGUGUGAUUGCUUGAUGGGCUUA